UGAGUGUCGUGUCUGCUCGAAUCACUCACAUAUACUUGACUUAUUGCGUUUGCGUGCUGUUUGCGCUUUGUUCGUUUGGAUUACUGCUCGACUUUGCGGAGAAAGACGACGGAAUCUUCGACAUCCAGAUUACUCACAUUCACAAUGGCAACAACAACAGAAGCGAACGUGAACGGUGAGGUCGUACCGGUAGUCGAAAAGCUGGGCGAACUCUCGGUGGCAGAACAAGAAGUCGUCACUUUCUCAUCACCAAGCACAAGUGAGGCCAGCACUCCGGGCACACCAGAGACCUCAGUCAGCUCUCAACCUCAGUACAACUUCAUCCCUUUUGAGCCACAUCCGGGGUACCCCAAGUCUCGCAUCAGCAUUGUCAACAGGUUCAUUGAUCAACCACGAGAAGUCCGGGUUGCUGUGAUCGGUGGUGGUCUUUCUGGCAUUCUUGCUGGUGUUCUGCUUCCGGCCAAGGUCCCCAAUAUCAAGUUGACUAUAUAUGAGAAGAACCAUGACUUUGGAGGUACUUGGCUCGAAAAUGUCUACCCCGGAGUGCGAUGUGACAUCCCUUCGCACGUCUACCAGUCAACCUUUGAGCCCAAGCUUGACUGGAGCGACCAAUUCGCUGGCGGCGCCGAGAUCCGUGACUACUGGCAAGGUGUAGCAAAGAAGUACAAUGUCUACCAGUACGCACGCUUCCACACCAAAGUCGAAGGCCUGAACUGGAACGACUCCGAGUCCGUCUGGGAGGUAACCAUCAAGAACCUUCAAACCGGCGAGACAACCACCGAAAAAGCCGACAGCGUCAUCACUGCCAUCGGUCGGUUCAACGCCUGGAAGCUUCCCGACUACCCCGGCAUCGCUGACUACAAGGGCAUCCUCCGACAUGCCUCACACUGGGAUUCAUCCUUCGAUCCAUCCGGCAAGGCCGUAGCCGUCAUCGGCAACGGCGCCAGCGGUAUACAACUCGUCGCGAACCUCCAACCCUCCGUAGCGCGGCUGGACCACUACGCUCGAAACCCUACCUGGAUUGCUGCCUCCUGGGCCGGCGACGUACGGCAAGCAGGACCCCAGCCCUACUCAGAGGAGCAGAUCGCCCUGUUCAAGUCCGACCCAGACGCCUACCUGAAGUUCCGCAAGGAUAUGGAAGACAAUUACUGGCGCCGCUUCAAUGCCUUCUUCCGCGGCAGCAAAGAUAGCACCGAGCUUCGCGAGCGCUUCACGCAAAUCAUGCACGAGCGGCUCGCCAAGAAGCCCGAGCUAAUCGAGCACAUCGCCCCCGACUUUUCUCCCAACUGCCGCCGCUUGACGCCCGGCCCCGGCUACCUCGAAGCCAUCUCCGAGCCCAACGUGGAGUACAUCCGCACACGCAUCCGUCGCUUCACUGAAACCGGCAUCGAAACCGAGGACGGCGUUGAGCGUAAGGUGGACGCCAUCUUCUGCGCCACGGGCGCCAACGUCUCGCAGGUUAUCCCCUUCCCCGUCGUUGCGAAGGGCAAGAACCUCCAGGAUGCGUGGAAUCCUGAGCUCAAAGGCAAGAGCGACGAGCACCACGGCUUUCCCUACACCUACCUCGGCGUGGCCACGCCCGGCUUUCCGAACCUGUUCUUCCUUCAGGGACCGCACGGUACGGGACCGAGCGGAACUGUCCCGCACAGCACUGAGACGCAGCUUACGCUGCUGGCGAAGAUCCUACGGAAGGUGGGGAGGGAGGGCAUCAAGAGCAUUGUCCCUUCUAGAAAAGCAGCGGAUGAUUUCGUCGAGUACUCGGACGCAUUCUUUUCCAGCACAGUCUUGACAGACAACUGCAGCUCUUGGUACAACGGCGGACGGCCGGGGGCGAGGAUUCACGGUAUUUGGCCCGGGUCAGCGGGGCAUUUGACGGCGGUGAGGCAGAAUCCCAGGUGGGAGGAUUGGGAGUAUGAGUAUCUCGGGGAGACGGGAAAUAGGUUUCAGUGGUACUUGGGUAAUGGGUGGACGAGCAGGGAGGCGGAUCCGCAGUCGGAUAUGACGCCGUACUUGAGGAGGCCGGGGGAGAAGGUGGAGUUGAGGGAUGUGCAUGAGAGUUGGUGGAAUUUGCCAUGAUUGUCUCUACCGUAGUGGGAAAAUGCGUUUUGUAACAUGGCUUGUUUUCUAGACAAGCCAUGUUUCUUUCAGGGGAUAAGCGCUGUAAUUUAGUGGAUUUGUUUUUGGAGUUGGGUCGGGUCCGAAAUUUGAAAUUUCUCAAAGUCUCAAAGUCUCAAAGUCCUACCUUCCCCCAACCUCCAACAUCCCCUUUAUCAACGGAAAGAACCAGCCUUUUCC